AUGUUGAAGGUAGUAUUUUUGUGUAUAUUAAUAGCCCUCUGGUCCACCAGUUGUGCGGAUAAAGACGCAGAUGAGCUAGCUCGAUUUCAGAAAAAAUACGGAUUAAAGAAUCAACCAGCGAAGAAAAAUACAAAAGCCUUCAAAAGUGGCGAGCAAAUAGGUUUGUCUGUUGAUAUAGAAGGCCUGCAAGUCGAUUUCUGGUUAGAACAGCACCCAGUGAUCCCGUCAGACGGAGUAACCAUACAAUACACCUUUGGUUGCAUCUCUGAAGUACACGAAGAUAUUGAUUGUAGUGUGACACUCUUUCCGAAUGGUGAUGUGUUAAGCAUGCUUGUGUUCUGGGGAGACCAUACUUGGAUCUGCGAAGGUGUGGGUGCCGGAGAUGGACAGUCCAUGUGUUAUAAAGCUGCGGAUAUGGAAGAAUCAAACUUUGAAGACCUUAUAGUAUACCCAGAGCGCAUGGAAGGUCGGUCAACACACGUGCGGCGACACGCAAAAGCAGAACCAAGUCUGGAGCACGACCUUCAACUCCCUAAAAAUACAGUUGAACAUCUAGAUGAUGGGUCUGACUUCGGGUAUUUGACUCACGCGCAUACUCCAAGGAGCCGCCGUGCCACCUCUAGAACUGUGCAACUCAGAAUGACUUAUGACCGGGCUUAUCUGGUCGCACUUGCCGAAAGCGAGAAUUUAGGAGCAUCUCAGGCUACCAUUGCACAAGCAGAUCAAUAUACAAUGAUGCUCGUAAAUCACCUCAAUACCAUCUAUGUGCCUCAGGUGGGUAUCAAUUUUGAAUUGUAUCCGACCUCCCGUGUGCCCAACACAGGUGCUGUUAACGGUAACUACGGCACUUCCACCGCUUCAGGAACGAUUCUGACAAAUUUCACCACGGAUACGGCAAACAGUAAUGACGACCUGAAUGUUUUAUUCUCAGGGGUAGAUCUAGCGGGAAAUACGAUCGGAGUCGCGUACAUAGCGACAGCGUGUAGGAAGUCUUACAACAAUGGUCUUUUAACACCGUUGGGCGUGUACGGUGGUAUAUACUCCCAGGUGUCUGUAUUCGCCCAUGAAGUAGGACAUAAUUUUGGAUGUGGACAUUUUGAUGAUCCAGCGGAUAUCAUGUACCCAAGUAACAAUGGCGCCCGCGAGUUCGGCGCCACUUGUCGUGCGACCGUUGAGCAGCACAUUAACAAUAUCGAGGUAAACGAAAAAAAAUGGUAUCAGCCUGCUUGUUUCGAGGUACAAACUGACAGCAAUCCGUGCUUUGCAGCAGUGGGAGACGGCGGGGUUUGUGGAUUUGGGUUGUGCAUUGCAUCCGAUAGCACAUACACAUGUGACUGUACAGAUUCUGACUACACUGGAGAUAACUGUGAAGUGCCAAUUAACCAGUGUCCCGCUGAUGGUGUGGGUCAGUGCCAGAAUGGAGGCAAAUGUGUCGAUUCGUUAAGGACCUACACGUGUGACUGUCAGGCCGGAUUCGAGGGCUACGUCUGCCAGUACGAAACAUGCGCGGCAAACCCAUGCACCUCUGGGAACACGUGUACAGAUGUUACAGUGAAUGGGCAGAUUACGGGUUUUACCUGUACAUGUGAAAAUGGCGCGACGGGUGACCGCUGUGAAAUCAUGCCAGAGGUGAACGAAUGUGCGAGUAACCCCUGUGGUGUGGGAGGCACGUGUACGGAUGACGUGGACUCCUAUAGCUGUACAUGUGCGACAGGCUACUCUCUGUCAGCGGACAAAUCGACGUGCAUAGAUACAAACGAUUGUGCGAGCAAUCCAUGUACCAGAGGAACGUGCACUGAUCAACUCGGUGGAUAUGUGUGUGAUUGUACCAAUACUGGUUAUACUGGCUUGAAUUGUCAGGAAAAUAUUGACGAUUGUGCUACUAAUCCCUGUGGAGUGGGUGGCAAGUGUACGGAUGGUGUGAAUGCGUAUAGCUGUUCAUGUGCGGCAGGUUAUUCUGCGUCAGCGAACAAAUCGACGUGUAUUGAUACAGACGACUGUGCGAACAACCCGUGUAAUGCAGGAACAUGCACUGACCAACUGGGUGGAUAUGUGUGCGAUUGCUCUAAUACUGGAUAUACAGGCGUGAAUUGUCAGGAAGAUGUUGACGAGUGCGAUCAAGCGCCCUGCGCGAGCGGAACCUGUAUCAAUCGUCCUGGUACGUUCAGCUGUGUAUGUGACGAAGGGUUUGCAGGUGUCUUAUGUGACCAGGAUGCUGGCGCGUGUGAUUCAUCUCCCUGCCCAACGGGACAGGCUUGUACCCCAGACUCGUCAUCAAGCGGGUACACAUGUGGGUGUGCUGAUGGCUUUGCUGGCCCAGACUGUGGAACACGUAUCGGAACAUGUGCAGACGGCGAUGCGUGUAAGAAUGGCGCCACUUGUACUACUAAUGAGGAUAGAAGCUAUACAUGCGCAUGCGCCCCGGGUUACACGGGUACGAGAUGCGCGGCGGAGAUAAAUGAAUGCAUUACUGCGAAUACAUGUGUUAUUGCAAAGACAAAGACCUGUACGGACAAGUUGCUGGGAAUAACAUGUACAUGUAAGCCCGGCUGGGGCGGAGACAAUUGUGAAGAAUACACAUGCGACUGCGGGGAUGGAAUAUGCGAGGAAGAUUACUAUGAAAAUCCGGUCUGUAAUUGUCCUCCAGGCUAUUCUGGUGUCAAAUGUGAAAUCGGACCACUGCUGGACAGUACACAAACAAAUGCAUGCGUCAAUGAAGAAUGCGCAAAUAGGGGCAAUUGUGAAAAUGUUGAAAAACCAGGGGAAGUGGGUGUCACCACAGCACAAUGUAACUGCUUCGGUGGAUAUGAUGGUACUUACUGCGAUACUGUGACUUACGACCCAUGUGAGGGUAACCCGUGCAGUUUCGGAGGUACAUGUAGAGCUUCACGUUUCGGAUCUUUUUCAUGCACUUGCGUGCCUGGUAGGUUAGGUACUACUUGCGAGAUCGAUGUCAACGAAUGUGCGAGCAAUCCCUGUGUAGGUGGAACAUGUAGCAAUAAUCAUAACACUUUCCGUUGCACAUGCACCACAGGUUGGUAUGGCCAAACCUGUUCAUCCAGAACACCUGUUUAA